UCCAGGAAAUCAACAUGGCGACGAUGAUAUCUGAGGAAAAGUUGCUCAUCGAACGGCCUGUGAAAUAGUUUAUUUCAGCUUCAAUGAAACCAUGUAUUAACAUAAUAACGGAAGUAUAGUCCAUUCAAAUCAACAUAAUGUGAAUUGAAAAGAAAGAGCAACUUUGUACAAAUGCAGUAAAUACCUCCCAAGACCCACACAGUACUUAACAAGGUCACCCACUACCCCAAGCUGGAUUCCUAAAUGCAAAAGGACUUCAGACUACCUCCUACAAUUCAAAUUGUCAUGUGAUUGCCAAAGACGUAUUCUUCACCUUGUACCUUGUAAACCCAACCUUCCCCUGAGCUGAACCAAGUGGGGAUGCUAGACCACCAUGACGGCGAUUGCUGUCUUCACGUGCCACUCGAGCUCUCAUCCAUUCCAGGAGCGUAAGAUCCCGCUCAAGGAACCGGUCAAGAUCGGACGCUCGGUGGCCAAAGCGAGACCAACUGUUGAGAAUGGAAUAUUUGACUGUAAAGUGUUGUCCCGGAACCACGCACUGAUUUGGUAUGACCAGGACACUCUCAAGUUUUACCUCCAAGACACCAAAAGCAGUAAUGGGACAUUUAUCAAUAAUCAACGCCUCAGUAGAGGGGCGGAGGAGAGCCCCGCCCAUGAGCUCAACUCCUGUGACAUCAUACAGUUUGGUGUGGAUGUCAUGGAGAACUCCAGGAGGGGAGUAGUUACCCACGGAUGUAUAGUGUCUCAGCUCACGUUGUACAACCCAGAUGGUACAGAAGCCAUCAGAAGCACCCCUGCCCCAUCAUUGACCUACAAUGCCACCAGUCCAACCAGUAACAAUGUACCCUCUCAGGACCUCUACCAGUUAUCACAUUAUCUCAAGGAGGCAUUACACAGAGAGCAGAUGCUGGAGCAGAAGCUUGCCGGCUUACAGCGUCUCCUCACAUCAACCCAAGAAGCAUCUGAGAACAGCUGGCAGGCACUCAUCGAUGAAGACAGACUCCUCUCAAGAUUAGAGGUCCUUGAGAGUCAACUUAGAGCGUAUUCAAAGGCCAACUCUGAGGAGAGUAUACGUAAGGAGCUGGUAGCUUUACAGGAAGAUAAACAUAACUAUGAGUCUACUGCCAAAGAGUCUCUCAAGACAGCGCUAGAAGAGAAGUUAGAAGCGUGUCGCAAACUCUCCGACAUGGAGAGGAUGCUGAGCAACUCCGAGGAUGAGUGUGCGCACUCUAAGGAGGAAGUAGAACGUCUUCAGGAGGAGCAGCAGACAUUGAUAACCAAACAUUCAGAGGUGGUGGCUGAGCUCAAGGAGGUGGCAGAGAAACUUGUUGAGGCAGAGAAACUGCACGCAGAUGAGGUGGAGAGAUUAACGAUCGAGAAGACGGAGUUAGAGCGGAAGGUAGACAUCGCAUCUCGUGAGGAGAUCGCCUUGGCAACGAGGAUCGAGGAGAUGCAGGCUGAGUGUGACUUUGCCAGGGAGCAACUUAUGGCUGUCAAACUUCGUUAUGAAGAGGCUCAAGAGCAGCUCAGCCACUACGUCAAGGAGAAGGAGAACCCAGAAGAGAAAGAAGGACUGGCGAAGGACAAAAACCGGAAGAUCAUCCAAGAAAAUGAAGAUGACUCCAGACAGAUCAGCAAUAAAGAUGAGACGGAUUCCUCUGAUACCAAGGAUAAUACUAUAGAGAACAAUAGCAAAUCUCUGAAAGAGGAUGAUGAGAGCCUUGAGAAGGACUUAAAAGAGGAGACAGACGAGGAUGUGAAGGUCAACGGGGAUGCCACACCCAAAGAUGUGUCCCCUACAGAGCACAACAGGCUACCAGGUCAAAGGUCAUUGGAAGAGGAGCUUGAAGAACAUAGAGGUCAGCUAGUAGAAUCUGAGAACAGGUUACGGGAGAGUCAAGACCAGGUGAACAGUCUACAACUUCAGCUUAAACAGGCUCAGCUGGAGGCUAUUGAGAAUAUAGCCAAGGCUAAUGCUAUCCAAGAAAAACUACAAGACGCUGAGAAAACGAUGGAAGAAGCAAUAAAUAGUGCAACAGCCAACCUUAGAGAGCGAAUUGCUGAGAUGGAGGCGUCAGAGAGAAGUAAAGCAAGUCCGGUGAUUGAAACGCUUCAUGAGCCAAUCUUUGCCAAGUCGGAGGAGCGAGUUUUGACUGCUGCUGCACCGGAUGCCAGGAAUAAUCUUCUGAACACCAUGUUACCAGAGCAGCUUGCGGAUCUACAUAAUCACAUCGGGGAAGAGUCUGAUUUUCCUUGUGGUUCAUCAGAUACUUCCCUGUCAGAAACAUUGCAUGAAGAUUCCUCAGCGUCCUUUGAUGACAGGCUGGAAGAUGCUCUACAUCUGAGUGCCAAAGAAAUUGAGACAUUGAAAGAGAAACUGAAGGAGUCGCAGAUUAAGCAACAGUCAUAUGAGGAGCAAUUGGAUAAAUUAAGAGGAGACUUGAAGGAGAUGCAGGUACGUCACGAAGUCCUGACAGAGAAGAACGAAGAACUAAAAGAGAGACUGAUGGAGAGUCAAGACGAGGCUAGAGAGGCGGUGGAUAGAGUUGACGAUUUGCAAGAGCAACUUGACAGAGCUGAGAAUUCUGCCAAGGAGGUCAAUGAUCAGAUUUUAGAACUCAGAGAUCAACUGAUGGAAGAGCAGCACACAGCUAAAGCCAGCGUAGCAGAUGCAACACAGGCAAAGCAGCAGCUAAACAAAGAGCAAGAGGCCUUGAAGCGACAAGGAAGUCUCCUGGAACAGAUUCAGAAACAAUUAACGACGGUGGAGGCGAAAAGUUUGCAGACUGAAACCCAGAUAGAGGAAUACACAGAUGAAAUAAAACACCUAAAGGAAGAGUUAGAAAAGGAGAGACAAGAAAGAUUGCGGCUUGAGAAGGAGUCUAAAGGGGCACAACAAACACAAAGAAAAAGUAAAGAAGUGGAAGCCCAGAAACAAGGUAGAGCUGUUCAGGCACCCCCCAAGACGGGCCAGAUAAACUCGGCCUCUUCUAAAGAAAACCUUGUACUUCAAAGUGAAUGCAGCGAUCUGAAAGUAAAGCUAAAAGACACAGAGGCCAAACUGACAUUGACGAGAAAAGAAAGUGGCAAGUUGGGUCAGGACACCAAUAAGUUACAAAUCUUACUGAAGCAGGCGGAGGCACAGAGGAAUAAGCUGACUGAAGAUGAGUUCAGAUGGAAGAAAGAAACUAAAGAAAUGACCAAGGAACUGGAGAGAAAAAAACAACUGCUGUCAGCAGCAGAGGAAGACAGGCAUGUCUUGACGGAGAGGGUCAGAGUAGCGGAGGAAGACAAGUUGAGACUUCAGAGAGAGCUCAAGCAGACACCAACAAGUCAAGAAACAGGUGUCGCUGCGGCUCAUUCAAUGUCUCAGAUGAAGUACGUUCCCAUCAUAGUCAUCUUGAUCGCCAUCAUUGCAGCUGUUGUACAGUUCUUUGUCGCCAUGUCUUCCUCCGUAUGACAAUGCUCCUGCUAGCUGCACUGUAUGAAUCCAAGCAAACACACUUUAUGAAAGUUUGGCGAAAAACUCUUGAUUAGGAUCGUAGCAUGUCUGUAGCACAAUGGUGAUUUGGGUAUCCCAAAGGAAAAAGUCAAACUUUAGUGCAAUUCAAGUCAUUUUUUCAUCUGGUGAGACUAUGAUCUGUUGGGGCUACUUUUGGAAAACAUGUUUUCAAGGCUGUUUUGUUUUGUCUCCUGUUUGACACACACUCACAUACCAUGAUGAUGAUGAUGAUGAUGAUGUCGUCUGCUUUAUUUAUCUCUUAUCUCUUAUCUCUGUGUCGGCCAGGCAACUGUGGGAUCCCCAGCCUUGAUGUAGGGACUUCGAUGCCACCAUUAAGGCCAAAGCAUCGGGUAUCAUUUAGGGUCCAUCACAGUCAUAAAGCGGGUGGUUGCCGAAUGAUAGUCCCACCUGUGCUGUCACCCACACCAUGUACUUAGCGUGGGCAGUUGACUUUACCAUCGCAAUCUCAGUCCCGUAAUGUAAGGUCAAAUACCUCAAGCAUGAUUCCGUGGCCCUCUAGCAUUUUUUUCAGCAACUUCCCACCAUCAAAAACUCUUCAAAUUCAUGAGAGAGACACGACUCAGAUUAACAUCUGUAAUUUAACUCCCCAAUGACCUUUAAAGUGGAAAUAUACCAUUGGUUUGUGAAGAGGUGGAUUCACUCCAUAUCCUGUGGUUGCUCCAACAAACAGCUAGUUAAAACCAACCUACACAAACUUUCCUCUAAUUUAAGUGGUCAUAAAAUGGGCAGAAAUUGUUUUAUUUUGUAUGGGAGUUCUAAUCCUGUUCAUUUGGGGCUUAUUCUGGUUGGUGCAACUGAAAUACACACUUGUGGUUUUAAGGGUUUUCAAAUGCUAAUUCCUCAUUUUUGACAGUAUUUCAUACCUAAACCAAAAGUUUCAACAGAGAAUUGGUAUUGAUAUUGGAGGGGGAAGGGGGGUUUAUUACGCAUCAUAUUCACCUUAAAUAAUGAUAAUAAUAACAAGAAGAACACUUAUAGUGCGCCGGUAUCCACCACAAGUGAUGCUCAUAGAAAGAAAGAAACACAAAUAUUAAUGAAAAGCAGCUGUGGGUUUUGAGGGCCUCUUUGAACUCAUGAAUAGAAGACAUGUUACGGAUAUUAAGAAGCAGAUUAUUCCAAAGUAAAGGACCAGCAUGAGAAAAAGCCCUGCCACCCCAAUUGUUGUGGGUUUGGGGAAGCAAUUUUACAGUUUUGUCUUUUUUGAUAAUAAUCAUAAAAUGUACUUUGAUGAAAAAGGACUAUUGGAAAGUGAGUUGUAAAAGUACUUUAAUUUCAAAGUGAGAAAGUGAACACACACAAAAUCUAUAAGUUUUAGAAAAUAAUAUGAUUCAAAAAGCUUAAAUUCUGGGAUGGGUUCAUGCAUGGCUACUAGGUAUGGUCGCUGCUUUAAGAUGGUCUGAUUGUGUGCAGUUACCUUGGCCAUCAGUGCAAUUUCCAGACUGUUGCUCUUUUAUCAGAAUGAAUUAGGUUCAGAUAGAGCGAGAGGGAUUGGCACGGACAUAUCCAAACCAUAAUAGGUUACUAACUACCACUCGUGCUAACGUCUCAAAGCACCCAGAAUACGACACCCGACCGCAAUACGGUAUGUGCUUUUCUUGAGACUGGCUCCUUUGAAGUUUUUUUUGUUUUAUUCUAUUAAUCUGCAAAGUCAACUUUCAAGUCCCCACGAAGAAAAAUUGCUUUGAUUUACAUAGAAAAACCACAACUUUGUAUCUCAGUAUCAUAUUGCCUAAGACUUGACGCUCAUUUUGACCCAGUGUUUGCUAUGAUCCUAGUAAGAGGGUAACGUAUUCAUACAGUGCAGCUUUGUGUACAUUAUCUGUACAUAUUUAAUUUGUAUACCAUGAUACGUUCUUUUGAUACAUCAGGUAAAUACUUAUCAUGUAAAUAUCAGAGGGAUAAGAGAAAUCUUUCAGGUACCAUGUGAAGGGCACAUGGAUACUCAAUCCCUGUGUUUUUUUUGUUAGGUCCGAACAGACGGUUUCCCUUUAUUUCUGUUGCAAGGUUUUAGGAAAAUGUUGCUGUAUUUUUGAGUUUUCAAAGUAGGUGGUUGUUUCGAUACUAGAAGUUUAACAUUUAAGAAUGUUUUGGAGAAGAAACAGUCUGUGUAUUUAAACCAAUGUCUGAUUUGAUAGUUUUUCAUAUCAUUAGCAUAGUUGUAAAAUUGCAAAAUCAGCCCCCAAAAACUGCUGGGGUAUGAUUUAGUAAUGCAGGCGCAGAGUAACGGGGAUGACCACCCCUCUGUUUGUCCACGUUUGGCAGAUUUGAGAAUUGAGACAUGAUGAACAUUUCAAACCAAACUAGCCCCAACCAAGUGGCAGUGGUGAGUCUGGAUCUUCCUAAAGGCACUGGACACUAUUGGUCAUUACUCAAAAUAAUUAUAAGCCUUACUUGUAAGCGGAGAGCUGUCGAUA